UGACGGAACCAACCGGGAUGUUUGCGGGAUACGGGCACAAUCGGAAGGAAAACGACUUUGAAAGACAAUCAUAAAAAUAUGAGGACUUUAGACAAGACCAUUUAGGAGGACGGUAAUCGACAGCUGGUGGAGAUAUUUCACUUUAAAAGAUCACAAAGACAACAGAAGUCAUGCAGCACUACGGGGUCAACGGUUAUUCCCUGCACGCCAUGAACUCCCUGAGUGCCAUGUAUAACCUUCACCAACAGGCGGCGCAGCAGGCCCAGCACGCCCCCGACUACCGGCCCUCGGUGCACGCCCUCACCCUGGCUGAAAGACUGGCUGACAUCAUCCUGGAAGCCCGUUACGGCUCCCAGCACCGAAAGCAGCGGCGCAGCAGGACGGCCUUCACCGCCCAGCAGCUGGAAGCUCUGGAGAAGACCUUCCAGAAGACGCAUUACCCGGAUGUGGUCAUGCGGGAGCGUCUGGCCAUGUGCACCAACCUGCCCGAGGCCCGUGUGCAGGUGUGGUUCAAAAACCGGCGGGCCAAGUUCCGCAAGAAGCAGCGCAGCCUGCAGAAGGAGCAGCUCCAGAAGCAGAAGGAGGCUUCGGUCGCUGCCGAGGACUCAAAAACUGAGCUCACCCCGUCCACUGACACCCGCGCUACCCCGCCUCCUCCCUCCUCCGUCUCGUCCUGCCACUCCGAGUCCGAAAGACCGGCGGCGGUGAGGUCUCAUGAACCUGGCGAGACAAGCGUAGAGGUGAAUGUCACCUCUCCUGAGCCGUCGGAUGGCGAGUCAGCGGCAGAGGACAACGCGGACGCGGAUGAGGAUGGAGGGAGGGGGAGGAAAAGGGAGGAGGUGCAGGCACAUGGGGGUACGCAGCCCUGUGGCAGCUCACCGGCCUACAAACAACUCAGCCCUACAUCAGACUCCCCAUUGAGCUCACCUGCCCUGCCAUCCUCCAGCAGUGUGACAAGCGGUCCGUCCCAAAGCAACUCGUACGCGUCGUCACCCCUCAGCCUUUUCCGGCUUCAAGAGCAGUUCCGGCAGCACAUGGCGGCCACCAACAAUCUGGUGCACUACCCGUCGUUUGACAUGAGCGCGCCGUCCUCCCUGCCCUACUUGGGCAUGAACGUCAACAUACCGUCCCCUCUGGGCUCGCUGCCCUGCCAGUCUUACUACCAGACGCUGUCACAGGCCCAGCAGGUGUGGAACAGCCCGUUGCUCCCGGGGGCUUCGGGCGGCCUUCCGGGAAGCCUAAACAGCAAGACCACCAGCAUCGAGAACCUCCGGCUGAGAGCCAAGCAGCACGCGGCCUCGCUGGGAUUGGACACGCUCCCCAACUGAAGCCUGUCCGACACUGAGCGAGUUAGCCCUUCGCCAUUUUUCCUCAUUCAGCCUCAUCUGUGCUCAAAAACGUCACUUUCAGAGGCAAUUUGACCUUUCCAACUGGCUUUGCUCAUUCAAAGACCUCCAUCGUGAGCAUGUGUCUGCUGGGAGAACGUAAAAUGGACUUAAAAGAACUUAAAUCCUCUUAAGUGCAGUACAGUGAACCGCCUCUAUUCUCAGGGGAUUGACACCCCCUCUAAAAAGGUUUGUAAUAGCUUAUAGAUGCCACAGGAUGACGAUAAAACACUACUUACACUAUGUCUAUAAUCUAGAAUCUAACUCAUUUACAGUGUAACCUUGGUUUUCAUGAUUAAUCCAUUUCUCAAAAAGUCAGACUAAAACCAAAUAAUCUGUUCCAGACAUCAAAAUAAGGCAUGAUCUACUGUAUGUGUGUAUAAUAUUACAUUUUUGGGAAAAAAAAUAUUUAUGAAUAAACCUUUACCUCAGUAACUUUCACUUCAAGGUUUGUCUCCUUAAUAUUUAACUCUUUGAAAUGGGCAAUUUGGGGUAAUUAAAAACAAAUUAAUGUUAUUAGUUAUUAUUGUUAUAUUGUUGAAUUCUUUUUCAUUUAUCAUAUAUAUAUAUAUAUUUUUUUAAUAAAUAUAUGGCGGAAAACACUCAGGUGACUUGAAGUUCCGCUCUGGGAUGCCCAGUUUGCCCAGAUUUAAAAAUUGUCAUAUAUGCAUGUGUGAUACAUCAUUGGAAAGCUUAAAAUCUCAAU